CUGCUUCCGGGUCACGCCUUGACAGCGGCUUUCAACACCCACCUCAGCCCGGCAAUUGGUACCAGACCUGCCGGGAUUGCUGCGAUCUGCUGGGAGCCGGUGCGGAAAGUGACACCGCACGUCCUUGCAUUUCGUACCCUUGCCCCCCGCCCCCUAGCCUCAGCUAGACAGCUGCCGCGACCCCUCCCGCAGCAGGCAGUUUGGAGCAUGUGAACACCCUGAGCCUUGAUGAGUUCCAGUAUGUGGUAUAUUAUGCAGAGCAUUCAGAGCAAAUACUCUCUCUCAGAGCGCUUAAUCCGAACAAUUGCUGCCAUCCGUUCCUUCCCACAUGAUAAUGUAGAGGACCUCAUCAGAGGGGGAGCAGAUGUAAACUGCACUCAUGGUACACUGAAGCCCUUGCACUGUGCCUGUAUGGUGUCAGAUGCUGACUGUGUGGAGUUACUUCUGGAAAAAGGAGCCGAGGUGAAUGCCCUGGAUGGGUAUAACCGAACAGCCCUCCACUAUGCAGCAGAGAAAGAUGAGGCUUGUGUGGAGGUCCUAUUGGAGUAUGGUGCAAACCCAAAUGCUCUGGAUGGCAACAGAGAUACCCCACUUCACUGGGCAGCCUUUAAGAACAAUGCUGAGUGUGUGCGGGCUCUCCUAGAGAGUGGGGCCUCUGUCAAUGCCCUGGAUUAUAACAAUGAUACACCGCUCAGCUGGGCUGCCAUGAAAGGAAAUCUUGAGAGUGUCAGUAUUCUUCUGGAUUAUGGUGCAGAGGUCAGAGUCAUCAACCUAAUAGGCCAGACACCCAUCUCCCGCCUGGUGGCUCUGCUAGUCAGGGGACUAGGAACAGAGAAAGAGGACUCUUGCUUUGAGCUCCUCCACAGAGCUGUUGGACACUUUGAAUUGAGGAAAAAUGGCACGAUGCCACGAGAGGUGGCCAGAGACCCGCAGCUAUGUGAAAAACUGACUGUUCUGUGCUCAGCUCCAGGAACUCUAAAAACACUUGCUCGCUAUGCCGUACGCCGUAGCCUGGGACUCCAGUAUCUCCCUGAUGCAGUGAAGGGCCUUCCACUGCCAGCUUCUUUGAAGGAAUACCUGUUACUUUUAGAAUAGCCCGGAGAAGAUGUUUGCACCAUCAUGCAGGCAACUAUGGGUGAGGUUGUGCCUGCAGUACUCUUUGUCACAGAAAACAGAAAAACAGUUGUUCCUGUUGUGUGGUUUAUAGAUUUUGAAGCAACAUGUCACAACAGUAACCUCCAUAGCACCUCCCCUUCCCAAACCAAACAACCAAACAAAAAAAAUCCCUCACUUUUGUUUUCUGUUUAUUGCUUACUUGGCUUUUUAUAUUGCACUUUGCAGAAGAAGUCUCCCUCAAUCCUCCCCCUUAGGGAAGGAGUCACCAGUGCAACUAAAUUUCUCUGGGAAGAUGGAAAGUACUUAAAGAAUGUGUGUGUGGUUUUCCUUUGGGGACAUGGUUAAUGGUCCAGAAGAAUCCCUUCUAGAAAGCAUUUUAGGCCAGGCAUGGUGGCUCACACCUGUAAUCCCAGCACUUUGGGAGGCUGAGGCAGGCGGAUCACCUGAGGUCAGCAGUUCGAGAC